UGAGGACUUACAGUAACAUAGUAAUAUUUCAAAAAAUGACAACACUUAGCUAUGUAGGUAUUAUUUUUGCUGCCAUUUCUGUUUUUUCACAUUGGUGGCUGAAUAGAAAAUCUGUACUCAUCAACUGGCCUAUAGUUGGUAUGAUUCCACAGCUUGGUCGCAAUGUGCCUCGAGUUUAUGAUUUUGUUACUGAUAUACUUGAGAAAGCGAAACGUACGUAUUUAUUCAAAGGACCGUGGUUUAGCGGUAUGGAUUUUCUUAUAACAAGCGAUCCCAAGAAUGUUGAUUAUAUUUUUAAUAAGAACUUCGCCAAUUACCAAAAGGGUCCGAUGUUCAAAGAGAUUUUGGAUCCUCUUGGUGAUGGAAUUCUUGUUUCUGAUUCAGAACAUUGGAGAUUUCUCAGAAAGAAAAUUCAUUCGUUGAUCAAUCAAGAUCUAAGGUAUGAUGUUGCUGUAGAAAGAAUAAUGUACGGGAAGAUGUUGAAACGCCUGUACCAAGUUUUGGAUGAUGCAUCCGAAUUCGGGUCUGAAGUUGAUCUACAGGACGUAGUUCAACGAUUAACGUUUGAUGGUAUUUGUCUUUUGUUGUUAGGGUAUGACCCGAAUUGUCUUGCUGUUGGAUUCCCUCAUAAUGCUCUCGAGAAGGCUUUUCAUGAAAUGGAGCAGGCUGUUCAUUUCCGGCAUGUGGUUCCGACUAGAUAUUGGAAGUUGCAGAGAUGGCUUCAGAUCGGAGAAGAGAAGAAGAUGAGAAAAUCCCGGGACUUAUUUCAAAUUUUUGUUAUGGAUUGCAUUGCAAGAAAAAGAGAGGAGGUAAUAAGCCGAAGACGGAGCCAAAAUCAAACUGAAGACAAUUUCGACAUGUUAACUGCUUUUCUGGAGGAAGAAGACAGCAUGGUGAUCACUAAAUCAAACAAAUUUCUGAGAGAUAUGACAUUUAAUCUCAUGGCGGCCGGAAGAGACACAAUCAGCGGUGCUAUGAUAUGGCUUCUCUGGGCUAUUGCAAGUCAUCCGUCGGUCGAAAAAAAAAUUCUAGACGAGAUGAAUUCUAGUUACAAAGAAACUAAAUAUGGUGUGGCUUUCACAUUUGCAGAGUUAAACAAUCUAAGUUAUUUUCAUGCAGUUGUAUGCGAAUCGCUUCGAUUAUAUCCACCAAUUCCAUUUCUUCCUUUAUCAGCUAUCCAACCAGACAUUCUGCCUAGCGGGCAUGCGGUUGGUAAGGACAUGAAAGUCAUUUCGUCUGUGUACACAAUGGGAAGAAUGGAAGAAUUAUGGGGCAAAGAUUACUUGGAAUUCAAGCCAGAAAGAUGGAUUUCAGACAAAGGGAGCAUCAAACAUGUACCAUCCUACCAGUUCCCGGCUUUUAGUGCAGGAUUACGGAGUUGCGUAGGCAAGAAAUCUGCCCUGCAACAAGUAAAAGCGGUUGCUUCUUUUAUCAUAUGGAAUUUUUCUAUUCGAGUUGUUCAAAAUCAUAUUGCUAGUCCCAGUAAUUCUGCUGUACUUUUUAUGAAAAAUGGUCUGAAAGUGAGUGUCUCCAAAAGAAAUGCUUAUAAACCGAUUAUUACGUAAAUCGUUAUUAUUCAUAUGGAUAAUGUAAUCUUUGUAUUCUGAAAUAGAAAUUAUAAAAUAGUUUUAAAUA